AUGCUGCGAGAGGCUUUCUACUACCUCCUGGGAGGGGUCACCUUCCUGCCCAUCUGCGCGCUUGCCCUGCUCAUCCACUUCUACUGGAACGCGCCCUCCGCACGCCGCGAUGCUCCGCUAGCCAUCGACGCCGACGUCGAUCUCAGCCAUGAGAAGAAGCUCGCAGCGCUCGACCUCGCCGCUCAAAACGCAGCCAUCCACGCAGAGAUCGAGAAAUCCAAGGGCAAGGACCACCCCCAAGGCGAUGCUACCGCUCCUCCCACUGCGAAGCGCAUCGGUCCCGGUCCAGCCAAUGCCUCCACUGCUCCUCAGCCCCACUUGGCCGGCUGGCUCGUCAUUCGCUCCACGUUUGAAUCUGACAAAGACAAUGCCCCCGCGAACUCGGCCUCGAGCGCUCCCGCCACCAUCCCGGCUAAACUCGUAGACGCCGAGUCCGACGCCAGCCGCGUUCAGUCCGAUGACGAGCAUGCGCCCAUCGAAGGCACCGACACAGCGGAUGCAGUCAAGUCCAAUGCCACUGCGGCGGGGUCGGGCUACAUGUCCCAAAUGUACAGAGGCAUCCUCGAUUACCGCAUCGGCAGGACUGCCAACAAGAAGCCCGCGGCAGAGGCCAACGCUGCCCGCUCCGCCAAUGCCUCCCCCGCUCCUGGCUCCACACCCACCGGCACCGCUGGACGUGAAAAUUUCUACUGCAUCCUCAAGUCUCCCAUCCUCUACCUCUACUCCUCUGACGACGUUGCAAAUCCCAACACAGAAUGUCACGCCGCCAUCGAUCUUCGCGCAAAGCGCGUCAGCAUCUUUGUAGCCGGUCUCGGUGACACCCUCGCGGACUUUGACGUCGAGCAAUUGACCGGCUUGCAUGCAGAUGAACAACAGCUCGACGGCGAUGAUUCCUCCGCUCCGGCUGCCUUUGAUGCAAAGCAAGCGUGGCGCAAGGCGAAACGAGCCGGCGUUCGCGAUGGCGAGCUCUUCAUGAAGAGGAAUGCCAUCCGCGUCGUCGGCUCCGCUCACGGGCGCAGCGCUUCGCCUGGCGAUCGCAAAGCAGCUCGCGCCUCGCAUCUGGGUCGACGAAGGCCGCAAUGGUAUAUCUUCUGCAAGAACAACUAUUUCAUGGAGGACUGGUACCAUGCUCUGCUCCAAGCCUCGCUCCAGCCAGACUCCAGCAUGUCUGCCAAACUCCCCGACGACGCAAGCAGCGACGUCAUUCCGAACGUCUUCAGCAAGGUCGAUGGCCCCAUCGGCUCCACUUUCUCUCAGCACGACAUGGCCUCCCUUCUCGUCUCGCUCGACAGCCUGCCGGAUCCCCUUCCGCUGCGAUGGCUCAAUGCCCUCGUCGGCCGCAUCUUCUUCUCGGUCUACCGAACAGCCUGGCUCGAGAAUUACAUCAUUUCCAAGAUGAUGAAGAAGAUCAAUCGCGUCAAGACGCCUGGCUUUCUCGGCGACAUCAAGGUGGUUGAGGUCGACGUCGGAAGGCGUGCUCCUGGCUUUAGCCGUCCUAUGCUCAAGGCCCUCACCUCGGAGGGCGAAGCCAGCAUGGAGAUUGCAGUACACUACGUCGGUGAAGUGCGCAUUACCAUUUCCACCACUCUCACACUCUCCUUGGGAUCUCGCUUCAAGCCUUACACCAUCCCCAUCGUCCUGGCCGUCGUGCUCAGAUCACUCGAGGGCAACCUGUUGCUUCAUGUCAAGCGUCCACCAAGCAACCGUCUCUGGUUCGGCUUCACAACCAUGCCCAAGAUGGAGAUCGACAUCGAGCCGGUCGUCAGCGAAAGAAAGGUCCAGUGGGGCAUGGUCACUCGUCUCAUCGAGGGCAGGCUCAAGGAGCUUCUCAACGAGUCGAUCGUCGUGCCCAACAUGGACGACAUCUCCUUUUUCGACACCCGCUCUUUGCCUUUCCGAGGCGGCAUUUUCGCAGACGCCGCAAAGAAGGCGGAUGCGCUCGGCGGCGAUGUCGCUGUUUCGGAUCCGUCCUCUGCCGCUGCCAACGCCGCAAAGACAGCUUCGCAAGCGGAACGCGACUCCAAGAGUGUACCGACCAGCACCAAGUCCUCCGAUCUGCCUGCAGCCAAUAAAGUGGGCACAGUCAGCGCUCCCGUCUCUGGCACAGCUACACCUGACACGCCCGAUCGCCAAAGCGCGAUCCCGUCUCGGAACGGCUUCGACGAAGACGCAGAGGCAAGUUCUAUCAGUGCUGGCGUAUCAACGAGUGCCGACCUUCGCAACCGCAAGGCUGUCGGCGAAGCGACUGCGCUGGCACGCAAAGAGGCUCUGCUUCAAACCGCUCGCACAUCUUCUCCAGCCGCUGCAGGGCUGAGUGACCUCCUUUCGCGCGACCUAGCCGCUGGAGGUGGCAGCUCGAAUACCAUCGCUGGUUCUCCGCCAAGACAGGAUUCACAAAGCAGCAAGCGUAGGACGUGGUUCGGCAGUGGGUCAAAAUCGUCCAUGUCCAGCGUUUCGUCGUCCUCUGGGCUUUCCACGCUUGGUCUGAGUGCUGCCGCUCUCGGUGGCAGGUCGGGUCGAGAGCAGAGCAGCCUAGCGCUCGGAAACGCCAGCAUAGAGCGUCCGUCGCAACGGUCCAAUUCGGCCAACGUGUCCGGUAGGAAAGACUCGACCCUGUCAGCGAUGUCAGCACCUGACGCAGGCUCUGUGCGAGCUGCUUCGGACUCGGUGCGCCCCAACUCUGCCGAAAAAAGUGCGAGCGAUGUGCGAGGCUUCACCAAUCCUCCGGCGCUGACAUCGGACUCAGAGGAUGCACCAGGCUCAUUCACUGUGGCCCGCACAGCUUCGCGCGAACUUGAGGAGGCGCAAAAGCCUGCUGAACCGGAUCGUCGUUCCGGCGCACCGUCUCUCAUCAUUUCGAGCGCAUCCGAGCCAAAGCUAGCGACAUCUGACGCAGCUGCUAGCGAGCCGUCCCCAGCGACGAUGGCGACUCUCCACACGCCGUCCACACGCGAUGCGGACGAAGAUCAAGAUGUGGUGGAGAGCCCUUCCAGCCUAAGCCAUAGCACGCGGUCGUCGCUGCGAAGCUUCAGAUCCGAUGCCGUCAGCUCGCAGCCAUCGAGGGACGUGAACAACGACCUUUCUGGGCCUGACGGCAAGGCCCGCGCUUCCGACGCAUCCGAUGUCGUGCACGCAAUCGAGGCGGCCAAGGCUCCCCCUCCACCGCCACGUCGACCAACAAGCAGCGCCAAGGAUGAGCUUGCUACACCUCGUCAAGACGCCGCAUCGCUGCUCUCGAGCGUGCAGCGCGGUCGGUAUGGCUUGAAUGACACCGACCGCAGUGCGGGUGAAGAGUCGGGCGCCCUCGCGGGCUCCACAUCAGCCAUGCUCCUGACCUCGUGGAACCGCGCCAAGGCGAGCAUGGCCGACAAGGAAUCGAGGCAGGCGGCUGCGCGCGAUGCAAAGGAUGCGAUCAAAAGGGGAUGGGCAAACUGGAACUCGAAGCGCGCUGAUGCGAAACGAAUGUCUGUGGCAGGCGAAGAACUGCGCGACCAGUCCGAAUACGACGGCAUGUCUCGCUCUCAGUCGAGCCGCUUGUCGCUGGUGCCCGGAAAGUCGGCCUGGCUCGCAAGUAGUCCGCCGGAUCCGACCAGCUUCGGUCUUGGCUUCGACAAGGCUAGCCCAGAGAAUGUCCGCAGCCGAGGCAGCUCGACAGCGGCCUCCUUUGCCUCCAGGCCACGUUCCAGCGCCACGGACACGGAUGAUGACAACGCGAGCAUGCAUUCCAAUUCGAGUUCGCGGCAGCCGUACCGCGAAUUGAGGGCAGCCAAAAAGGUGCACGGCUUUGACAGCGCCUCGGGUGAGGCCAGAGCGUCUUCGGCGUCGUCGUCGAACCUCGCUUCGACCCAGUCCUCAUCGCGCUCGACUUCGCGGACAAACACCUCGACUGGUGAUGACUCUGCUUGGACAGCCCAAUGGGAUGCAGAAGUACCCACGUUGACGCCCCCGAUUCCCGCCGCUUUCCGUAACGAUCGGGCCGAGGAAGGAAGUCCCGAGUCGAAGCGCAAGGCCCUCGAACGCACGACGAGCAACGACCUGCCCAACACGUUUACUCCGCCUGCCUUGCCUCAAAGGAAACCAAGCAGCAGCGUCUCGUCGACAGGACAAAGCAGCGGCGUGGUGUCCUUCAUCCCGCCGGCGCCGUCUACCACGACCGAGGUUGUUGCCAUCACCGGCCCUCCAGCUGCCAGUGUCUCAGCGGCUCGUCACCCGAGCGAGGGCCAGACCGAUGAGCUCUCCACGUCGGAGAGCUCCGAUAGGCAGUCAUCGGUGCAGCCGCAAAUCCAUAUUGCCAAGCCGGACUCGCCCGAGCGUCCGCUUCUGGAAUCGCCCGGUGCAAAGCCGGUCGAUGCACCAGCGUCGCCAGCCCGCACAGCCAUUCAUCGAGAGUCAAGCUCGUCAUCGCUCAAGCGGGAAGCAUCUCGCUCUUCAUCGACUACGCCCGAUGCGCAUCCGUUGUCGUCUGGAGACACCGCAAAGCCCUCCUCGGAUGGUCCAAACACUGCCAAAGAUGUAUGUGCCGGUGAUGCGAGCGCGUCUGCGACUCUGACCGGGGCGAAAUCGGAUGAGAGUGCCGAUCAGCCUUGGUCAGCAGCAUCACCAGAGGUAUCGUCGCCUAUUCUUGGAUCGGGGAUCAAACAGCAGCCCGGUCGGGCGACGAUGAUGGCAGUACCCGGUAUUCCCUCGAUGCAGAAGGCGGGUCCGCAAAGCUUUAGCGCUCCGCCUCCACCUGAGCCGACCAGCGAUGCCGAGACGUCGCCGAGCGCCUUCCGAGCUAGCUCGCUUUUCAAGAUGCCCGCCUUUGGUAGCCCAGUGUUGACGAGCGGUGCUAGGCGUUCUUCUGGCUCUGCCUCGGAAGCGUCUGCGUCGGCCGCAGAGAAGACGGCGCCGCCGCCCGUGCCAGCCAGACCGAAGGCUGAACCGAACACCACCGCGCUGGGACUGUCGCAGAUGGACGAGUCGGCGAAAGCGAAGGUGACGCCGCCGGUAGUCUCUAACAUCGGCGAUAAGGCUUCGACAGAAUCGGAGCAGCCGGAUCACGGCGCCGACGCCAGUUUUGCAGAUGUGGCCGGGGCAGAAGGACCUGCGGUCGACCCCGACUUCGAGCGCGCGCAGUUCGAUGCAGGCGCCACGGUGCAGCUGGGCAAUCGCGAGAUCAAGCUGCCGGCGGGACGCGAGUCCAAUCGCGAGUAA